AUGAUGGAAUCAAUUGAGAAUUCACCCAAGCCACUAGCUAUUGUCGGGCUAUCAUUUCGGCUUCCUGGUGAUGCAGUGACCACGGAAGCCUUUUGGGAGAUGAUAAUGUCGCGCCGGUGUGCUAUGACAGAGUUUCCUCAGGACCGAUUAAACAUCGAUGCCCAUUACCGUCCAGUAACCGAGCGGCUGGAUAGCCUGUCGAUACGCGGCGGGCAUUUUCUGAAAGAUGACCUGAGUCGUUUCGAUGCUCCUUUUUUCUCCAUCACCGCUGCCGAGGCCGAGGCGAUGGAGCCUCCUCAGCGGCUGCUGCUCGAGACGGCCUUUCACGCGCUGGAAAAUGCCGGAAUUCCAAUGCAGCGCAUCGCAAAAUCAAAGACGGCGGUCUUCGCAGGAUCAUCAGGACAUGACUGGAUAAUGAUGAACUCUAAGGAUCCUUUGAACAUGCACAAGUACAAUAUUACAGGAUUAACGUCGAACAUGCUCGCAAACCGUGUCAGUUGGUUCUUUGAUCUUACAGGUCCCAGCGCGACUGUCGACACGGCUUGUUCGAGCAGUUUGAUGGCCGUUGAUCUCGCUUGUCAGUCGAUUUGGAGCGGUCAAUCAACAAUGGGACUUGCGAUGGGUGUGAAUCUCAUGUUAGCUGCGGAGACAACCUUGAUGAUGGACAAUCUUGGCCUUCUAUCCGAGGAAAACCGUUGCUUUAGCUUUGAUCAAUCUGGGAACGGAUAUUCCCGUGGUGAAGGUGUGGGUGUUCUAGUUAUCAAGACUUUGGAAGAUGCUGUGCGGGAUGGAGACACUGUUCGCGCUGUCAUCAGAGCGUCUGCAUCCAACCAGGAUGGGAAAACCCCAGGAAUUACACAACCCAGCCCCGAUAUGCAGGCAUCGCUGAUCCGGGAAACUUAUCGUCAAGCCGGUCUCGACAUGGGAAAGACGCGGUAUUUUGAAGCGCACGGAACAGGAACCGCUAUUGGAGAUCCGAUUGAGACCAAGGCCAUUGGUUCUGUUUUCCGCUCAUAUCGUUCGCCGACCGAGCCCUUAUUUAUAGGUUCCGUAAAAUCAAACGUCGGUCAUCUGGAAGGAUGCAGUGGCAUGGCCGGAAUUAUGAAAGUCAUACUAGCUUUGGAAAAGGGGGUCAUUCCGCCAAAUAGCGAGAACCUACAGAACCUGAAUCCCAGAAUUGACGACGAAUUCUGGAAUCUCAAGUUCCCCCAAGAAGCCUUCCCAUGGCCUACAAGUGGACUCAGAAGAGCCUCCAUUAGCUCCUUUGGAUACGGAGGCUCCAACACGCAUCUUGUCCUGGAUGAUGCGUAUCACUCGCUUCGUCUCAACCAACUAGAAGGGAAUCACAAUACAGUGCUGCCGCUUGAUCCCACACCUUGCAAUGAAGAUUGUGAUUCUAAUGGCACACGCCACCUACUUACAAAUGGUGUUAGUGGAGUGGCCGAGCUUGACGCACCUAAACUUCUCGUUUGGUCCGCAGCCGAUGAAGCAGGCAUUCCUCGUGUUCAAGAUAUCUGGCGUUCAUUCUUCUCAGCAAAAAUCAUCAACAAUAGAAAAAUUUUCCUACAAAAUCUCGCUUAUACCCUGGGUACGAGAAGGACGCACCUACCAUGGAGAACAUUUGCCGUCAUGCGGCCUUCAGACGAUCUGAGUACACUAGGAGACCGGUUUGGCCUACCUUGUCUGUCCCGUGAUUCACCUAACCUUGCAUUGAUAUUUUCUGGGCAAGGUGCCCAAUGGUAUGCCAUGGGACGCGAGUUACUUGACAUAUAUCCAGUAUUCCUUCAGUCCAUCGAAGCAGCCGGAGAGUAUCUUCAGUCUUUAGGAUGCGAAUGGAGCCCUGUGGAUGAGUUUCGAAAAUCUGAAGUUGAGUCAAAUGUCAAUCGUACCGAGUACAGCCAGAUUCUGUGUACGAUUCUACAGAUUGCCUUGGUGGAUCUCUUGCGUUUCUUCAACAUAGUCCCCAAGGCAGUACUGGGUCAUUCCUCUGGCGAGGUUGCAGCUGCAUACUGCUCUGGGGCGAUAUCCAGACGCUCGGCCUGGAAGGUGUCAUAUUACCGGGGUAACUUGAGCAGUCGCCUGGAGAAAUGCGCCGCGAUCAAAGGCUCUAUGCUCGCAGUAGCGCUUUCCGAAAAUGAUGUUGUGCCUUAUAUCGAAAGAGCUAGUCGCGACUUUGAGGUCCCUCGACUUGCCGUUGGAUGCAUUAACAGUCCUAAGAGUGUGACCAUCUCUGGGCAAGAGGCUCAGCUCGAUGCGCUGAAAGCUCACUUGGACAAUGACAAGAUUUUUGCUCGCAGACUCAAGGUCAAUCUGGCGUAUCAUUCUUCCCAAAUGAAGGAAAUCGCUUCUGAGUACUUAGCAGCUCUGGGUGAGCUGGAAGGAGGCUGUUUAUUCACCAGAUCACGGCCAGGGAUGGUUUCUUCAAUCACCGGCGACUGGAUUGACCCAGACGAGCCUUGUCAGGCAUCUCACUGGGAACGCAAUAUGAUUUCUCCUGUGCGGUUCUCCAAGGGUCUGUCAACUCUCUGUUCUGCAUCUUCGGACCCUCAAAAGGUGCUGGAUGGCAGCCAUCGUAAAAAACUCAAAAUUGAUCAUAUCCUCGAGCUGGGGCCCCAUUCCGUGCUGCAAGGUGCGUGCAAGGAUAUCCUGAAGGAAAUGAACAAGGCAUCGGCUGUCAAGUACUUGUCUUUGCUGGUGCGGAAUCUUUCUGCCAUUGAUACUGUCUUCUCUGUCUUCGGUGCCCUGUAUUCUGCUGGAUAUCCGAUCAAUCUCUCCUUGAUGAAUAAGGAUGACCAGACCUGCAAGGCGCUAGCAGACUUGCCAGAGUAUCCCUUCAGCCAUGAGAAGUCAUACUGGCACGAGAGCAGGAUUAGCAAGAACCACCGCUUGCGGGAUUUCCCCCGAAAUGAUCUUCUGGGGCUUCCUGAUCCAAACCAAAACCUGUUGGAGGGCCGGUGGAGAAACAUUAUUCGCGUGUCAGAGAUGCCAUGGGUCCAAGAUCACAAGAUCAAUGGAACGAUCCUCUACCCGGGCGCAGGAAUGCUGGUGAUGGCCAUCGAGGCAUCUAAGCAGAUGGCAGACAAUGGGAGGUCAAUCUCUGGUUUUAAUCUACAGGACGUGACAUUCCGGGCGGCGAUUCGCAUUCCGUUAAGCGCACAGGGUAUUGAGACCAGCUUCCAUCUACGCCCGGCCGGAAACAUGCAGUCCAACCGAUCAGGAUGGUUUGAUUUCAAAGUCUGUACUUUGGAACACGAGACAUGGACGGAGAACUGCACAGGUUCUAUCCAGGUUGUCUAUGGCGACAAAGAAGAAGAUUUAGACAAGACGGUUGCGGUGGAACUCCAGAAAGCUCAAGUGAAGGCGCAUGCGGAUGCCUUGACAGCUUGCAGCUCAAAAAUGAGUGGUGAGGAGAUGUACAACACAUUGUCAAAAUCAGGAUAUGGCUAUGGUACAGCAUUUCAGCUGGUAUCAGAGUUGUCCCGAAGUGAUCUUGGUUCAGACGUGACGGCCGUCAUCCGGAAUUUCUCUGCUUCCUCGGGAGAUACGAUUCAUCCAACCACCUUGGAUUGUAUUUUUCAAACAUCUAUCUGGGUCGCGGUCCCCUCGGACAAGGAUGAAAUUCCUACGGCUGUUCCUACUCACAUCGACAGGUUGUGGGUGGAUAGCCAAGCGACAGUCUGCCAGGAAUUCAUCACAUACAGCUCAUAUGUGGAAGUGUCGCAGUUUCUUGGCCCUGCUACCAGUAUCGUGGCACUCGAUGAGAAUCAACAAAAGACUAUGGUUUCUAUCCAAGGCCUUCGGAUGAAUAUCGUCAGCACAACUGAUGUGAUCGUUAGUACUGAGGAUUCUGUUGAUAGUCUCUGCCAUCAGGUUCAGUGGAAGCCAGACCUGAAUCUCCUGAGUGACGUUGAAGUCACCCGGCUGUGCAAGGUGGAAUCCACCAGUAGUUCUGGAUACGAUAGCCUUGACUGUGACUUGGAUUUUCUCAUUGCAGCGCGACUAACGGAAACCCUUGCUCAUCUGUCAGAGAACGGGAAACAAGCUUCUCAAAAACAUCUAAAAAAGUACCAUAACUGGCUGAUCAACCGUCAGAAGCUGCUCAGGGAUGGCCAGCUUACAAUCGCUAUUGAUGGAUGGAGAGAUCACCUAGCUGAUCCUGUCUAUGUUCGAAAAGUGGAGUCUCGUGUUCAAGAAACAAAAAAAGGUUACCUCUAUGCCUUUGUUGCCCAGAAUCUGACCAAGCUCGUAGCCGGUGAGCUGGACCCCUCAAAAUACUUACGGAGCGGAGAUAUGUUGAACGAAGCCUAUAAUGAGACUGUGAGUUGUUUUUCUCCUGUGUCGCCUCGAUCUCCGCUUAUAGACCAGGUCAAUCAAUCCAAUGGUCUCCGUGGAUUGGUCAGAUAUCUCGAUCUGUUCUCUCAUCGCCAUCCGAAGAUGACGAUACUGGAGAUCGGAGGUGGUUUAGGCUCAGUGACAGAGCUUCUCAUAGAAGCUUUGGACAAUUGCAAAGACACUUCACGCUUUGUGCGACUAGAUUACACCGACCCAUCGCCAGGAAAUGUCACGAAAACGCAAACGAAAUUUGCCGAAGUGAAGGAGAUGAGCUUCAAAGUCUUGGAUAUCAGUCAAGAUCCUCAAAGUCAAGGAUUUGAACGUGGCACAUACGACAUGAUUGUGGCUCCGAUGAUCACUCGUGAGCCUUCCACUCUUGAAACGAUACUGCAAAAUGCACGAAAGCUUCUGAAGUCUGAUGGUAAACUCGUUUUUUAUGACGAAGCUACACCAGAUGAUCGCUCAACCUUCGUGUUCGGCUUAUUAGAGCAAUGGUGGCAAGAUUCGGAAUCAGGUUGCCAAUCAGGGCGUUCUGUUGAUGAGAGUCAAUGGGAUGAGCUCUUAAAACACGUCGGAUACUCUGGGGUUGAUAUCACGCUACCAGACUCUAACAACGAAAGUUCGGAAUGCAGACUGAUAGUAUCUACUGCCGUCGAAAAUGAGAAACGCCCUUCAGUUUCGGCGAUUGAGGUUAUUUACGAUCCGAUCGAGGCCGAUCAAAUCGUUCAGGCAAGUUCAAUUGCUGAACAAUGCGAGUUCCUUGACUGCGCUCCUGUGCGUGUGGUUUCUCUUAAAGAGGCACUCGAAGGCCAAACAAGCGACAGCACCCUCCGUGUCUUCAUUGUCGAGCUUCAACGUCCGGUGUUGGCGGACAUCCAGAAAGAGAUGUUCGAACAAAUUCAAAACAUUCUCUCCUCUACCUUGCAUGGGCUGUGGAUCACCCUGGGAGGAGGAAUAUGGCCCGCUAAGCCACAUCACCAUCUAGCUGAGGGCUUACUUCGCGUCUUGAUGGAAGAAGAUGGGCGGCGUAAGCUGCACCUUCUCUCCCUCGAGUCUGUAGAGGACUUGACCGAAACAUCGCAGCGAAUUGGAAAAUUUGUCCAAUUCCUAAGUUCUGGAGCAGCCAAAGAUGCGGACACAGAAUACCUUGAGCAGGAUGGUAUUCUUCACAUUCCUCGAGUAGUCACUCCCUGCAAGCUCAAUGGGGUCAUGUCACAAAAAGCAAGCAAGGAACAGCAAAAAGUCCAGGAGUUUGACUGUGAAGUGCCGCUGCAACUAGAUGCCACCUCUCCAGGCCUAAUCAGUGGGUUCAACUUUAUAGAGGAUUCCUCUGCAUACCAGCCUUUGCGGGCGAAUGAGAUUGAGGUCAAGGUCAAGUGCGCUGGAGUCAACUUUCGUGAUGUCCUGAUCGCAGUUGGCCAAUUGAAGGCGACUCACACCGGAUCCGAGUGCUCAGGUAUCGUCAGUCGGAUAGGUAGCGCCGUCUCAAAAUUCCAAGUUGGAGAAUCAGUUGCUGCACUCGGAGAUGGCUGCUUCGCGACUUCAAUCCGCGUCCAAGAAAAUGGACCCAUUGUGAAGAUUCCUGUAGGUAUCUCCUUUGAAGAGGCAGCGGCCUUGCCUGUGAACUACGCCACUGCGUAUGUAGCGUUGCACAAUGUUGCGCGCAUUCAACCUGGAGAGUCUGUCUUGAUACACUCAGGUACUGGUGGCACCGGCCAAGCAGCGAUUCAGAUCGCGAAAAAUGUCGGUGCAACUAUUUUUGCGACCGUGGGCUCUCAAAGCAAGAAGCAAUUUCUCAUGGACACCUAUGAGAUUCCUGAAUCGCAUAUCUUUUCCAGUCGGUCGACUUUGUUUGCGCAUGCUAUCAAGCACCGCACAGGCAACAAAGGCGUCGAUGUCAUUCUGAACUCGCUGGCCGGAGAAAGUCUGCUUGCAUCCUGGGAGUGCAUGGCGCCCUACGGCAGAUUUCUCGAAAUUGGCAAAAGGGACAUCCUGUCAAACCAGGGUCUCCCUAUGGCACAGUUUCUUCGGAAUGUGACAUUUAGCGGUGUUGAUCUUGCUGCCAUGUCAGUCGAGCGGCCUGAAGUGUGUGUCGCCGCUUUGGAAGAGGUCUUCGCCUUGGUACAAGAAGGGAAGCUGCACCCGUCUCAGCCCAUCCAUCGGCAUGGAGUGGGCGAGAUAGAGAAAGCUUUUCGUGUCUUGCAAGGCGGACAGCAUGUGGGUAAAAUGAUAUUGGACAUGCGUCCGCAUGAUCAAGUGACGACUGUGUUGAGAACGAAACCAACCUACAUCUUGGAUCCCAAUGCAACAUUUGUCGUUUGUGGAGGAUUAGGUGGACUGGGAAGCAACAUCGUCAACUGGUUAGCGGAUCGAGGCGCUCGCCAUCUCCUGCUUCUGUCACGUUCAGGCGGCGAGGGAGAGAAGAGCCGUGUCCUGAUCGACUCUUUAAAGGGGAAAGGUAUAGAUGUGGUAGCUCCCGCAUGUGACGUGUCGGACGGAACGCUACUGCAGCAUGUCCUCCACGAGUAUACAUCCCAGAUGCCUCCCAUCAAAGGAUGCAUCCAAGCCGCGAUGGUGUUGCGGGAUGCGCUCUUUGAAAAUAUAUCUCACCAUUCAUGGCAUGAAUCGAUUUCACCCAAGGUUCAAGGCUCCUGGAAUCUUCACAGACAUCUGCCUCAUGGGAUGGACUUCUUCAUCAUGCUACCAUCCAUCUCUGGCCUUGUGGGAACGAUUGGGCAGGCCAAUUAUGCCGCUGGAAACACCUUCCAAGAUGCAUUGGCUCGUCAUCGAGUAGGAUUGGGCGAAAAAGCCACCGCUCUCGACUUAGGCGUAUUUGAUUUUGCGGGCGCUGUUGCUGAGGAUGCACAGCUGCGUGACAUACUGAUCGCCAACAUGGGUCUGGAACCGGUGACUGAAUCUCAACUCCAUGCCCUGUUGGACUAUUACUGCGACCCUCGCGUUACCCUACAAAGCAUCUCGGAUUGCCAGGUCACAGUGGGUCUAUCACCACGCGCAACGCAGGCACCGUGGCUGAGGAAGCCAAUGUUCCGACAACUCACGGCCCACGGAGUAGUCAGUGGCAGUCAUGGCGCAUCCAGCUCAGUCAGUGCUUCAAUUCAACGGGCCGAGUCUCUGGCUAGCGCUACGACGUUUGUCACGGAAGCUAUUGCGCAGAAGCUAUCCCAAGCUCUGUCGAUCGCUGUUGGGGAUAUCGAUUCCAAUAAGCCAUUGCAUCAGUAUGGAGUAGAUUCGCUUGUUGCGGUGGAACUACGGAGCUGGUUUGCGAAGGAAUUGCAAUCAGAGAUGGCCGUAUUUGACAUUUUGGGGGGUGCAACUUUGACAUCAAUCGCUCAGCUGGCUACGAGCAAGAGCAAGCUAUGCAAAGAAUCUUGGUCUUAG